AGCAGCAUCAAGCUCAACAUCUGGGGCGGCGGGUAAUAAUAGUAGUACGAGGGGCACUACAACUUUUACUACUGUCGGCACUACUAGCUCUUCCUCGUCGAUGCGGAACAGCAGUAGUCCGGUAACCAACGCGUUCUCGCAGCCGCGAACGCCGAACACGGCGGGGUCGGCUUUCGCGAGCGGGAGGGAAAGCAAAACCACGACACCCGGAGGACCUGCGGCACCGGGUUCGGCAGGCCCAAGUUCCGCCCAGGUUGUCGUAAACGACCAAGCGUUAUGGAUUGCAAAUAUGUCUGGGUCUGGAUGAUUGCGAGACUCGUCAUGCAUAUUUUCCAUGGCCCAUGAUGUCUCUGACGCAUGCCCUAGCAUCACAGAUUUAGAGGGCUUUGCGAUUAUGCCUCUGCCGCAUGAGAAAUGCCCUCUCGGCGUAGCCCAAACUAAAGUCCUCUUGCUGGUCAUGCAAUACAAACUUUUUUAGAAUCCAGAGACAGCAUCACAAGCUUAGAAUCUUCCAGACCAAGACACUUUUGCACUUGAUCAGCGUUCAAUAUGCCCAUGAAAACCAGUCCGAACCAGGCGCAGACGCCAAACAGCAGCCAAGGCCUCGCGCAGCAACUGCAAAAUGCAAAUCCAAAUCCGCCCACGACGCAGCCGCACCACGUCACAAUCGUGGGGGUUCUCCAGUCCCCGAACCGCACUGUGAGACUUCCCCCCUACGUGCCUGUCACGCUCGGGUUCGACUCCGCAAGGGGAG